AUGCAGGCUGGGAGAUUCUUCUGCUUAGUUUUGCUGGGAGUUGAUUGGGAGCAACGGAUGCAGGUGAAGGCGGAGGGGGAGGCGGAGGAGGAGGAGGAGGAGGAGGAGGAGGAGGAGGAGGAGGAGGAGGAGGAGGAGGAGGAGGAGGAGGAGGAGGAGGAGGAGGAGGAGGAGGAGGAGGAGGAGGAGGAGGAGGAGGGGUGGACGGGAGAGCAGGGGGAGCAGGAGCGAAGCGGGAUGACAGGUGGUGCUUCGCCGACAAGCCAAGACCAGAUGCUAGAUGCAUCUUUGGUGCCCGUGUACGGCACUGUGCAUUCCGACAGCACUCCCCCGGAAGCAGCAAACUCCAAGGUGUCGGAAGGAAAGUCCCCCAUGCACUCCCACUUCUCACACUGA